AUGUCUGAUCAGCAGAAAGAACUCCGUGGAUCACCACCAAAUUACGAAGCCUUGAGGCUCGUGGCAGCAGGAACACUUGGUGCUGCUUUGUUAGGCUUGUCCAGUCUUAUCUUUGCAGGGACAGUUAUAUUUAUGAUCCUUGCAGCCCCAUUCCUUGUCGUGUUCAGCCCAAUUCUUGUUCCAGCUGCGAUGAUUCUCGUCUUGAGCACUGCUGGUUUCUUGUUUUCUGGUGGGAGUGGCAUAGGGGGAUUAGCUGCAAUAUUGUGGUUGUGUAGGAAAGCUCGUGGGCAACUCCCUUAUGCUGCAGGCCAACUUGAUUUUGCUAGAAUGAGGAUUGCAAGCAAAGCUUGGGAUAUGAAGGAAAGAGCUAAAGAGGGUGAACAAUUUGUGCAGAACAAGGCCCACGAAAAUACUGAAGCCUAA